AUGAACCUGAACUUCGGAGACCCCGAAGGAGCUUCAUUAAGCCGCCGGCUUUCUUCCAACAAUCCCUUUCGUCAGUUUGAGGCGCCUCGAAAUCGUGGCUCGUCUGUCCAACUGUCGAACUCUGCCUUCGAGCAGUGGAUCGAGAAGAAUAAGGCGUUAAUAGAAGAUUCAGACGAGGAGCGUGAAGUGUUCGUUAGACCAUCGUUUCCCACAUCUUCAAGAACAGGCAGCGAUAGCGAUGUGAAUUAUGGAAGAAUGUCAAACAAUCCUUUCGCUGCCGCCAUGACUGGCGAGUAUAGGCACCACAGAGACCCUCCUCCUCCCCCCACUUCGGUCAGGCCUUCCAAUACCGUGUCCAACAAAACAAAACCCCCACGCCCUGCCAAAGACUCCAAACCAGCACCACCACCUCCGUCUUACGAAGAAGCAGCCGGCCACUCCGCUGCUGCACGGGACUAUCCACAAGAAAAGGCCUCUUCUUCGUCAGAGAGAACGUCGGAGAGAUACGAAAGACCCGAAAGACCCCACAGAUACGACCUCCCCCAAAGAUCCCACAGCGACUCUGAAAGGCACAAGAAGGAUCACGAGAGAAGGCGUCGCUCCCACAAGUCAUCAAGGAACAAGUCUCCAAAAAAGAAGUCUGUUGAGCCUCACAAUUCUAAAGGUUUGGAUACCAUUGACAAGUUGGACGUGAGUGCCUUCUUUGGUGGCAGGUUCCAUCACGAUGGGCCGUUCGACGCAUGUACUCCUCACAGAAACAAGAAUUCCAAGGCAGCGCCAGUCAUGGCGUUCCCUGCUGAUGGGCCCAACACUUCCAUGAAGGCCUUGCCAGAUGGCGACAGCAAAAACUCGCAUCUUUACAUGGCAUUUGGCGACGCUCAAGAUCAAAAUGAAAUUGUCGGCUCUAUCGGCGCCCCAGGUUCGAAUGGCAGCACACAGAUCGGUCCUAAAACGAAUAGAGUACCCGAUCAAUCAUCGAUGUAUACCCCCAGGCAGAACCCGUCUGUCAUGGCAUUUGAUGUUCACGCAAAGGCAGAGCCAAUUCAUGGCCCAUCGACCGCGGGUUUGGGCUCUACCACAUUCCUUGAUGGAGCUCCGGCUCCCAAGACUGAUGACUUUUUGAAUGUACCUUCCAGUGGAAUCGGCCGAAAGAAGUCGUUGGUUCACCGUUUACGCAAAAAUAGUGGCAGCGAACUGACAUCAGCAAGAACUUCGCAUGACAACUCUGGAGAAUUUCAAAGAACUACUUUCGCUGACGAAGAUGCGCAAGGAUCGUCGUUUUUGAGAAGAGUGAAGAGUCUAAAGGUUAGCAGGAAGUAA